AUGAAGUGUUUUAUACUCGUACUCGUUUUGCUUCAUCAAUCGUUGGCUGCUAUCAAUAAAAUCACUCUCAAAUGUUAUUUUCUUGACAGAAAUCAUUUAAAUGAAAUUUCUCCGCAAUGCUUGACUGAAUCGAGUUGCUUCUUUGUCAACGUAACCAGUAAACAUGCAAUAAAUGAUGAAUUCAUUUACAAUGGAAGUCAAAAUUUAAAUGCAUUCAAAUGCCUUGGAUUUAUUAAUUCAUCUUUAGAACAACUUCCGGUUGAUUUAUUUCAUUAUUUUCCAAAUAUUGAAACAUUGUAUGCUGCUAAUUUAGGUUUGAAGUCAGUGAAUAAAAAUUUAUUUGAAAAUGCUUCAAAAGUUGUUGAAGUUCACUUGGAAGGAAACAAAUUGACAGAACUUGAAAAUUCUUUAUUUUCGGGUGCGGGAAAUUUGAAAAAGAUUUUUCUGUCAAGAAAUCUGAUAACAAAAAUUGGCAAUGAGACGUUCAAGAGACAUACGAAAACGACAGCAAUUAAUCAGCAGUUGGAAGAUAUUGACUUGUCUCAUAACAAAUUAUCUGAAAUCGAAUUUGGAACGUUUUCAGACAUUAAAUUAUUAAAGAAUCUGAUUUUAAGUCACAAUCAAAUCAAUUUAAAGUUUGGAUUGUUUCCGAUGUUUCUAUUGAAACUUGAUUUGUCUUAUAACAACAUCAAAAGUUUUACAUUGCGACAGCUUUUGACUUUACAUCAAUUACAAGAAUUGAAGAUAAAUGGAAAUUUUUUCGAAGAACCUUCGGUCGAUUUUAUGUUUCCAUCAUCAACAGUUCAAUUUAUGAAGAUCACGAGAUAUGAAAUGUCCGAUUGUUUCUCGUGUUUACAACUUGCAGAUGUUCUUGCUUAUUUCUAUCAAACUGUUCCGACUGCCAGAGUGACAUUUGACGUCGAGAGACUGAACAGCCCGAAUAUUUUGGGAAUAUCUUGUUCAGAUGAUCAAACUGCAGUAACUUCCAAUUCCAAAAUCGACAAAAAAGUGAAGAAAAGCGAAUCGAAAGACAAAAACGAAAAAUCAGAUGAAAGCAAUGAUGAAGGCGAGAAAAAAUCGAAAACCAAAAAACAUUCAACAGAUGAAACUGAUGAAAUCACAGAAAGUCAAACUUCAGCAACUGAAACUUCUGAAACUUCUGAUUUUGAAACUAACACCGAGUCAAAGGACGAUUAA